AACUGGAAACCACCACCAACCCCACCCGGCCGGCAGGCGGGGCGGGGGGCCGCACCCGGAUUCCAUCCCACCCGACCGCGCCCCAUUAAAAACGAGGGCUCGGCCGCCGCCUCGGCCGCCCACUCCCAGAGGCUCUUCUCCUCCUCGCCUCCUCUCCCUAGUCUCCACGACGCAAGGGAGAGUGACGGAAAGCGACGCGGCGCGAGCGAGGAGGGCCAAGGCGAAGAGGGGAAGCACCGCACCAGGACCCUUGUUCGCCGCCGCCGCCUCUGAUCUCCGCGAGGUUGUCAGGAUUCAAUAUGUCGACCAGCACAUUCGCUACUUCCUGCACGCUGUUGGGCAAUGUUAGAACAACGCAGGCCUCCCAGACAGCGGUGAAGAGCCCUUCGUCUCUAAGCUUCUUCAGCCAAGUUACGAAGGUUCCAAGCCUGAAGACCUCCAAGAAACUGGAUGUCUCCGCCAUGGCUGUAUACAAGGUGAAGCUUGUCGGGCCUGAAGGUGAAGAGCACGAGUUUGAUGCUCCAGACGACGCCUACAUCCUUGACGCAGCCGAGACUGCCGGUGUGGAGUUGCCAUACUCGUGCCGUGCUGGGGCUUGCUCCACCUGUGCCGGCAAAAUCGAGUCUGGUUCGGUUGACCAGUCGGAUGGGUCCUUCCUUGAUGACGGGCAGCAGGAGGAAGGUUAUGUGCUGACAUGCGUCUCCUACCCAAAGUCCGACUGCGUCAUCCACACCCACAAGGAAGGCGACCUGUACUAGGGCUAGGGAUUUUCAAUUUGGCGAGGGACCAAAAAUGCUCUCGAGUGGUGCUUUGUCAAGCAAAGCUCCAUCUGCGCGCCCUACCCCGUUGUGCGAACUGUUUGGCAUCAAACUUGUGUGGUUGCUGUCUUCUAUGUUCUGCUAGUUUAUGUUCGGAGUCCGUGGGAAUAUACUAGCUGAUUAAUAAAAAGAAAAAACUGAUGUGAUGCCAUAAUAGUAUAAUUUCAUGGCUUUUUGUUAUGUUGGGA